CUCUCUUAUUUGUUAGUAAUGCUCUAAACGAUAAGAAAAGUUGCAAGCACACAAACAUCGCAAAUAAAGAAACCUUUGAAACAAAUCCGCAUUUAACAGUACAAUUAGUCCAGGCAUCCAGUGCGCAUGCGUGGAGUAGAUCGUGUACCCGCUGCGCGCAGCUCUGGACGCACCAUUGACAGGUUACUCGCGCACAAUUCUUAUACUGUGCAUUGAACACCUGUAAGAUGUGCAUGAAAACAACAGCUGGGUGGAAAUCACGAGGUGCCAUUAAGUCCAUGCAAACCUUCUAAAAUCUCAUCACAAUGACUAAUUGGACAAACGUGUCCAACUGCCCGUUCAGCAUCACUUUAUGCGCUGAGGACAUUAUGGAUAGCAAUUCAACUGCUGAGGACUUUGAGUACCCGGUCCAUCUCUUCCCAGUCCCUAUCCUGACUGGCAUCACAGUGACAUGCUCUUUCCUGUUCCUCCUCGGAAUUGCCGGGAACCUGUUGACCAUCCUGGUGGUCACCAAAUACAAAGACAUGCGAACCACCACCAACCUUUACCUCUGCAGCAUGGCACUCUCAGACCUGCUGAUUUUCCUCUGCAUGCCCCUCGACCUGUACCGGGUCUGGCGGUACCGACCGUGGAACUUUGGCGACGAGCUCUGCAAACUCUUUCAGUUCGUGAGCGAAAGCUGCACGUACUCCUCCAUCCUCAACAUCACCGCCCUCAGCGUGGAGAGAUACUUCGCCAUCUGUUUUCCCUUCAGGGCAAAAGUCGUCGUCACGCGGGGUCGGGUAAAAGGGGUGAUUUUCCUCCUCUGGACUGUGGCUCUGUGCAGCGCGGGACCCAUAUUCAUUCUGGUUGGGGUCGAGCACGAGAACGGCACGAACCCCUGGGAGACCAAUGAGUGUAAAGCCACCGAAUACGCCAUCCGCUCCGGACUGCUUACUAUGAUGGUGUGGGUCUCCAGCGUGUUCUUCUUCCUCCCGGUGCUCUGUUUGACAGUGUUAUACAGCCUCAUAGGCAGAAGACUGUGGAGAAGAAAGGAGAAUCCUGUCGGACCCAUUUCUAGUCGGGAAAAGAACAAUAAACAAACGGUCAAAAUGCUGGCUGUGGUGGUUCUAGCGUUUGUUCUCUGCUGGUUGCCGUUCCACGUGGGUCGUUAUCUCUUCUCCAAGUCAUCCGAGGCCAAAUCUCCUCUCAUCUCCCAAAUCAGCGAAUACUGCAACCUGGUCUCAUUCGUGCUGUUUUACCUCAGCGCCGCGAUCAACCCCAUCCUCUACAACCUCAUGUCAAAGAAGUACAGGAGCGCGGCGUGCAAACUGUUCGGAGUGAAGCGCGCUCCCGGACGAUCGGUGCAGAGCAUCGUGAAGAACGCUGAGAGCUUUUCGGUGUGGAACGAAUACAGCUGGAGCACGUGACAGAGGAAACGCCUAGAUUAAUAAAUGUGCACUUUUUAACAGACUAAAAAUAUCUUCACAUCAUUUUUUAAUUUCAAACAUCAUAAAAGAUAUUGCAUAUUUUCAGUUUAGCCUGUAUAUAGCAGUAAAAUAACUUUGUCAAUCUGCAGAGCCCUGAAAAUUACACUAUUAAAUGAUAGGCCUACAGUAAAGUAAUCUAAUGCAGACUGAAACUUUUUGGUAUUAAAAUAAUAUAAUAUAUAUAUAUAUAUUUUUCCUUUAUUAUUUUUUUGGAUGGUUGCAUUUUAGGCACAACAUACCUAGUGCAUACACCAAAUAUUAUUGUAUUUUAUGAAAAUGUUUACGCAGAUGUAUUGCCAUCAGCAGCAAGACACCAGCAGUGUAAUGAUUCCCUUUACACUGGUAUUCAUGCAAACUGUACAUAUGCACACUAACCCAAAAAUGCCUUAAACUGUGUGAAGUACUGGACGACAGAGCACUGUAGAUGUAAGCACUCUAACAUUGUACCCUAUAUGGGAGAAAUACAAUGGUGCUGAAUGAUAAAAUUUCAUGCCAUAAAAAGCUCUCACCAAGCUUGUGUUAUCAGAUUAUGUUACAUAAAUGUGUAGCAGCCAUAAAAAGUGCACUUACUGCAGGUUUGUGAAAGUUUUGUGUAAGCUUUGUGUUUGAAUACAGCCUGUGUUGCUUGUCGCCAAUGACAGUCUAAUUAAAAUGUAAAACUAAUUCUUGAGAUACUUGUAAAAAAUUGAGAAUAUUUGAGUGAAGAAAUGUUUUAACAUUUAUGAAAUAUAUUUGAUAUAUUGUGUCUAUUUGCC